CUACUAUUAUUCUCACUGUCUGUCUGUCUGUCUGUUGUGUCCGCACUCCGGCCGACUGACAAAUUGCCCCAUCCAGCAAUCCUAACGAAGACUGACCAUUACUUACUUCCCUCUCUUCUUCGCCUCCCGCAUUCGGGGUUCCUUUUGAAAUUAUAUCAAUCCCAUCCACUACAUCUCUCUCACCAGUCACCACAACCCCGCCAUCCCAUCUUCUCCCCCGUUUACUACUCCAUCCCCCACAAUCUACUACUAGAUCAAUAUGGCUACCGCUCAGGCUGAGAAACCAGCCACCAAAACCUUUGCUAAUGAUCCUGAUGAUGUCUCCGACUACGAUUCCGAGGAUGACUAUUCUGACGACGACACCCAACAAAAGCCUCAACAACAGCAGCAACAACAACAACAACAACAACGCCGUCGUCGUCGUCCCCGGCAGCAAGACCCCAACGAUGAAGACGACACCUACUAUUCCGAUGAGUACUCGGAUGACUACGAUGACUACGACGAUGAAGAUGAUGACUACUACGACGACGAGGAGGAAGAAGAAGUCCAGGCCAUGGAGCGCUACCAGCCCACCACCAUCAGCAGCCGCGACAAUGUGCCGGCACAACCGAUCGCAAACGGCGGUAUGCAAGAAGCGGAAGGCAAAACCGGCGAUGACUGGGAGGAUCAAGACGGAAUGAAAUUGAAAUUGGAAUUGAACUUGGAUAUUGAAGUCGAAUUAAAGGCUCAUAUCCAUGGUGACUUGACGUUGUCCUUGCUCGCAUGAUUUCGCCUCUCGCCUCUUGCCUCUUUGCCUCCAGCACCGCUGCAUUUCUAUCAUGUUCACCCGUCUUUUCUCCGUCGGUCGGGUUCCUGGCGAUCGUUGCACUUUUCGUCCAUUUCGGCCGGCGCUCGCAAAAUCCACUUCAUUCCAUUCCGUUCCG